AUGUCAAGACUAGGUUUGACCCUCCUCCUGGUCACAAUUUCCAUGGCGGUCUCAACCCCAUCCGCCCAAGCCCAAAAACCAUCGGCCAGCUGGGCCAGAAGGCUCGACUCGGGAACCGGCCCGGACACCAUCACCAACCUCCAGUUCUACUUCCACGACAUCCGGAGCGGCCGCAACCCGACCGCCGUCCAGAUCAUCAACCCCGUGGCCAGUACCGCGUCCAGCCCCAACUCCUUCUUCGGCUCCGUCACGAUGGUCGACGACGCGCUGACGGAGACGGCGGACGCGGGCUCGAAGCUCGUGGGCCGGGCCCAAGGAAUGUACACCUUCUCGGCCCAAAACGAGUCCGCGAUCGUCAUGUCCAUGGGCUUGGGCUUCACCGACGGGCCCUACGCGGGCAGCACGCUGAGCGUCAUGGGUAAGAACAUGUUCAUGAACCCGACCCGGGAGCUUCCCGUUGUGGGUGGCACGGGGCUGUUCAGGAUGGCGCGUGGGUAUGCGGUGUUGAAGACGGUCACGUUGAACACCACGAAUGGAGAUGCUGUUGUGAGUUAUAACGUUACGGUGUAUACUCCGGCUUCUAGUGCCAAUGGGCAAGACUCGCCGGUGACGACUAACGCGUUGAGUUCUUCUUCUUCUUCUCCGACGAUGAUGGCGCGUGGGAGGUGGUGGAUGGUUGGCGCUGCGAUUGCAGCGGCCGCAUUCCUUUAA